AUGGGUAGUUUCCAGCCCCAAAGCGUAGUGGAAGAAUUCCUGGAAUCAUGGAGAGAAACAUACGAUCACUAUCUUAAACGAGCCAAGGAUACCGAAAAAAUAUGCCGAGAUACUCUGAAGAACCAUGCCAUUCAGUGCAAUGUGAGCUCUCGGGCUAAGGGCCUGGAUAGCCUUAGUGCAAAGCUAUAUGCGAGACAAAAAGAGAAGAACUUUGUCUACCAAAGCCGAGAAGAAAUUAUCGAAGACAUCACCGAUCUUUCCGGAGUUCGCAUUGCACUGUAUUGGCCAAAUGACCAAGAAAAGGUGGACAAACUCCUCAAGGAUACCGUGCAUAUUGAGAAGAUCAAGGAUGUUUCCGACAGAGUACAGAACAAGGAUCAAACCGAGGAUCAACAGCGGAAGCGAAGAUUUGAGUGGUAUUCUGCAACACAUUAUAUCGUGUCUGUGGAUCCUGGUAAUCAGAAACGUGGUCCCAAAACAAAAGUGGUGGAAAUUCAAGUGGUCUCUGUACUAAGGAACGCACUGGCUGAAGUGGAGCACAACCUGGUAUACAAGCCACAAUCAGGGCCAGUUUCACGGGAGGAACACAACAUCAUCGAUGCCCUGAGUGGUGUUGUCCAUAUGGCGGAAUGUUUUCUCGCACAAUUAUGGGACAGUCAAGUCGAAAAGAGCAGAGCUACUACGGGACCAUUUGGUAACAUUUAUGAGUUAGGGCUGUGCUUGUCUGGGCUUGUAGAAGAAAACUAUGGACAGAAAGUUGCAGACUUGGGCUCUCUGAAGCCGCUGAUGCACUUGUUGGCAAAGAAUUCUCUCGACACCCCUUCAGAGUUGGAAAGACUGUUGGUCCAGACAAGGAGCCGCCGCGAUGAAUUCGAGAAAGCCUAUGAAGGCAUGCAACCCAGCAUGUCUGUUAGCAUAAUCGAUCAUAUUCUUAUUGAGAAGGCCAGCGAGGGUGAACCUCACCCCAAAGACAAGCUUCAAAUGAUCUACAGCACUUUCAUCUGGCUCGAUGAACUGUUUGCUCCAGCUACCGUAUGGCAGGAGAAGCUGCUUUCGCAACGCUGUAUACAUGAUGCUCACGACUACCUUCCCUGGCUCGGUCACGUUCGAACACAAGAUUUGCUUGAAGAGAAAAUCGAAUUCACAGAUGACGAGACCACAAAGCUCAAUCUUAUCUGGGAUUGGCUUGAUUCUCAUCCUGAGCGAUCAGUUCAACUCGCGUUUCGGCUAUGCAAACGGGGCAUUGUCCGUGAUGUCAAAACAGAAUAUUAUCUCUUCGACAGGGCUUUCCAAAUCGUGGGAGAUCUUCUUUCCCACACGGCCUAA